CAGCCCAUCUCCAUCCCGCUGUGCACAGACAUCGCCUACAACCAGACCAUCAUGCCCAACCUGCUGGGCCACACUAACCAGGAGGACGCGGGGCUGGAGGUGCACCAGUUCUACCCGCUGGUGAAGGUGCAGUGCUCGGCCGAGCUCAAGUUCUUCCUGUGCUCCAUGUACGCCCCGGUGUGCACCGUGCUGGAGCAGGCCCUGCCGCCCUGCCGCUCUCUUUGCGAGCGCGCCCGCCAGGGCUGCGAGGCCCUCAUGAACAAGUUCGGCUUCCAGUGGCCCGACACGCUGCGCUGCGAGAAGUUCCCUGUGCACGGGGCCGGCGAGCUCUGCGUGGGGCAGAACGCCUCCGAGCGC